GAGUUGUAGUUUCGCGGUGCCACCCGCGUUACUUCAGUACAUGGAAUCCAAACUGCUAGUUCAGGGUCCUAUCCCUGCUCGUCGCUGGGAGGCAGUCCAGAGGAGACCAGCUCAGUGACCGCGUCUGCAUGCCCCUGCCGGCGAUGCUGCCGCUGUGGGUGUGGGUGGUCGCGGCGUCUGCGCUCGCGGCGCCCGCCCCUGGAACCCAAGAGCAGAAGCUGCUAGUGACCCAGAGGCCCAACGUGGUGCUCGUCGCCAGUGACUCCUUCGAUGGAAGACUAACAUUUCAACCCGGAAGUCGGGUAGUAGAACUUCCGUCUAUUGACUUGAUGAAAGCGCAUGGAGCCACCUUCCUGAAUGCCUACGCCAACUCUCCCAUCUGCUGUCCAUCACGUGCAGCGAUGUGGAGUGGCCUCUUCACUCACUUAACAGAAUCUUGGAAUAAUUUUAAGGGUCUUGAUCCAAAUUAUACCACAUGGAUGGAUGUCAUGGAGAAGCAUGGCUAUCAGACUCAGAAAUUCGGAAAAGUAGACUAUACUUCAGGACAUCAUUCCAUUAGUAACCGUGUGGAAGCGUGGACAAGGGACGUUGCAUUCUUGCUCAGACAAGAAGGCAGGCCUGUGGUUAAUCUUAUCCCAGACAAGAACAGAAGGAGAGUGAUGGCUGGAGACUGGCAGAACACAGACAGAGCCAUCGCCUGGCUGAGGCAGGAAGCGGUUAACUCCACCAAGCCAUUUGUGCUUUACCUGGGACUGAAUCUGCCACACCCUUACCCUUCACCUUCUUCAGGGGAAAACUUCGGCUCUUCUACAUUUCAAACGUCUCUGUAUUGGCUUGAAAAAGUAGCUUAUGAUGCCAUCAAAAUCCCAGAGUGGUCACCUUUGUCAGAAAUGCACCCUGUGGACUAUUACUCUUCCUAUACAAAAAACUGCACGGGGAAGUUUACCAGGAAGGAAAUUAAGAACAUUAGAGCGUUUUAUUAUGCUAUGUGUGCUGAGACAGACGCCAUGCUAGGUGAAAUUAUUUUGGCUCUCCGCAAGUUAGAUCUUCUUCAGAAAACUAUUGUUAUAUACACUUCAGACCAUGGCGAGAUGGCCAUGGAACACCGCCAGUUCUAUAAAAUGAGUAUGUAUGAAGCUAGUGUCCAUGUUCCGCUUCUGAUCAUGGGACCGGGAAUUAAGACCAACCUACAAGUACCAAAUGUGGUUUCUCUUGUGGAUAUUUACCCUACAAUGCUUGAUAUUGCUGGGAUUGCUCUGCCUCAGACCCUCAGUGGAUAUUCUUUGUUGGCACUGUCAUCAGAGGCAUCUGCACAUGAGCAGACAUUCAAAAUCCACCGUCCGCCCUGGAUUCUAAGUGAAUUCCAUGGAUGCAACGCAAAUGCCUCCACCUACAUGCUGCGCACCGGCCAGUGGAAGUACAUAGCCUACUCUGACGGCGCCUCCGUGCCGCCGCAGCUCUUCGAUCUUUCCUCAGACCCAGAUGAGCUAACAAAUAUUGCUACAGAAUUUUCAGAAAUUACUUAUUCUUUGGACCAGAAGCUUCGUUCUAUUAUAAACUACCCUAAAGUGUCUGCUUCUGUCCAUCAGUACAAUAAGGAGCAGUUUAUCAUGUGGAAACAAAGCACAGGACAGAAUUACUCAACUGUUAUAGCACACCUUAGGUGGCAUCAGGAUUGGCAGAAAGAACCAGGGAAGUAUGAGGACGCAAUCCACCAGUGGCUCGCAGCCCACUCUUCUCCGGCAGCUGCAGGCUAUAACAAAACUUUCCCAGGAUACAUAUGAAUAUCUUGAUUCAUAUGUUAAGUAUUAAACUGAAACAGCCUUAGAAAUUGCUAAUUUUACUUUCUUUUAAAAUGUGUACUAUAUCUUAAGUGCCAGCGGUUACAGAACUACAUAUUUUCAGAACUGGCUACUGCUAAGACUUUAUUGUUGUCUUUGAUGGUCCAACAGCAGAGCAUUUAAAGGAGGAGCACGCAUUCUUGUUGUGUGGAUGAUACAGAAUAUGAAAUAUUAACAACUGUUGUUGAUGUCUCAUGACUUGCUUGUCUGUGAUGCAGCUCUUUGAAUGUAUUUGACGUGUUAGGAUUACUAAAUGGGACACAGACUCUGAACAUAACUAAUUUUACUUUUGUGUUUAAAAAAGAAUAUGUACAAAAGGUAAAGCUUUAAAGGUUUCCCAGUCAACUCCCUCCAUAAGGCACCUACAACCAACUUGUUUGCACCUUUUUGCAGACAAACUAUACAUUUGCCACCAAAGAAAUGAAUAUAUUCUUUACACACAACAUGCAGACACAUACACAAUUGAUAGUAUGCUCUAUACAGUUUCUUCUUGUAUAUUGUGUUCUGGCUUACUUAUUUUUUAUUUCCAAUUAAAAUAAAUGCUGAGAAGUGAAAUUGCCGAGUCAAGAAUUUAUAAAAUUUGCAUAGAUUUUCCCAAGUUGUUUCUAAAGAAGUUCUAGUAGUUGGUGUUCUCACCAGAACUGCAUGCCUGCACAUCUCAGCCCAAUAGAUAGCAAAUAUUUUAUCUUUAUUUAUUGUGAGUAUGGAUAUAUUUUCAUAGCACUAAUAACCAUUAGAAUUUGCAUCAGAAUGUCUGUUAUUGGCUAUUUUCUUUAUUGGUUGCUAGCCUAUUUUUCCAUUACAUGGAUGCUUUAGAUAUUAGCCUUUUAAAAAGUAAAAGAGAAAAAAAGAGCUGGGGAGAUGGCGCAGUGCUUAAAAGCACUUGCUGUCAACCAGAGGAUUCAGAUUCAAUUAUUGGCAUCCACACAGUGGCUCACAAUUGUCUGCAACUCCAGUUCAGGGAGGCCAGUGUCCUUUUCUGGACCUUCAAGGGCACCAGGCACACAUGAAGUGCAUAGACAUAACUGCAGGCGAAAAAUCCAUACACAUAAAAUUUUUAAAAUAAUAAAUAUUUUUUAAAAUACUGGAAAUAAUAUUCUUUGUAGCUUAUUUUUUGUUAUUGACCUGGAAUUUUUUACAUGUAAAAUUUUGUAUUUUUCUUGUAACAUAUCUAUAAAUCUUUAUGCCAAAUAAAUAUGAUUUUUAAA